AUGUCCUCAGCAAAGUUUGCCAACUUGCUUAGAAACUCCAAGAUAGCCUCAGUGGCUACUCCAUUGAAGAAAUUCGAUGCCUUUGCCCCAAAGUACUAUCCUACACAUCAAGUCAUCCAAACAACGUCCGCCAGUUUGAACAGACAAGAUUUUGGUAUCAAGGCCUCCUUACCUAAAAAAAUCAAGGGAAGAUACAUUAUAUUAGAUGAUUUAGACACACUAGAAGGGGUCACUGGCUUUGAACCAACCUCGGAAUUCUACUGGAUUAAGAAAAGAUUCCAAGAAUUGGGGAUCCCUGUGAUUCCUCCAAAAAGAAUUGCUAACCAAAUGAGCACCCUUUUCGCCGAUACCGAAUCAGAACAUCAAAAUAAAUUCAAGAGCGAAGCCACCAAUUUAUACAGCCUUUCCGACAAAAACCGGUUUGUCAGUUUGAGUGAUAUCUUGGGGAUUGAUAGCUCUACCUCCCCAGCAGUUUUGAAAGCAUUGCUGAGGGACUUGAAAAAAAUUAGACAUGAUUUCCAACAACACGUCUUGAAAAACCACCCCCAGAAAUUAAACCCAUCUGCUUUCAACAAGAGCUCUUUGGCCUUGGAAGCUUUGCAAUUCAUGAGCAAAGAAGUGGAGCAACACAAGAUUUCCAGAGUCGAUUCGGUAAAUAAAGAUAAGACUUUCCUUAAGUUGGCUUCCAACCCAAGAUCUGCCAAAAUCAAGGGUACUGGUGGUUUGUCAUAUUUGCAAAGAGGCCGUUUGAACAGCACGGUUCAUGGUUAUUCCGACACCACCGUUGUUCCUGGUAGAUUGGUAAAUGAAGGUAAUAAUUAUGGGGUUGCCGGGUUCGUCACUAAGUACCAAAUUGAAGCUGCCACUCAAGCUGGUGCCGCUAAAGCUGUCCCAGGUAAACACUACAAGCAAGUUAUGAUUCCAAGUGCGGUUUCCCAAGCUUCUAUGAGACCUAAUGGUAGUGUUAGCUUGAAGACUCUUGGAAUUAUGAAAACUUUUGCCGGAGAAAACUCUGAUGCUUUGAAGAAUAGCGGAUUGUUGCAAUACGAACGUUCCACCAAGAAGAUCACCGACAUCUUGAAAGAUUUAUAA